GGUUUUUGGGUUUUAUCCAACACCGAAAUCGAGAAUAUGGCUGCUGCAGCCUCAUCCAUAGCAAACCUCCUCUCCUUCUUCGCUCCCUCAUCAAAACCUCCAGCUCUGCUCAAAUUGCCACAGCCGUCCCACCUCUUCAUUCCCACUUGCUCCGCCAAGGAUGGGUUGGCUUUGGCCGCCGCCACCCGACUUGAAAACCAGCAGUACCUGCCCCUGUCAUCGUCGACUGAUAAUGAUCUUAAUAUUGAGCUGAUGUCGGUGGUUUGCCCGUCUCUUGCUUAUGCUAACACGCUCUUCUUUAGAUCGGCUUACAACGUUCAGGUGCUUGUGGAUGAGAACGAGCCCGAAGAGAAGCUCCUGAACAGGUUCCGGAGAGAGGUGAUGAGGGCCGGCGUGAUUCAAGAAUGCAGGCGCAGAAGGUUCUUUGAGAACAAGCAGGAAGAGAAAAAGCGCAAGUCUCGCGAGGCCGCCAAGCGCAAUCGCCGAAGACGCCCCCAGUCGCGAGGCAGUUUUCAAGACAGGCAGGAGACCUCUAAGAAUAGUAAGCAAGAUGAAGACGAAGAUAACUGGGAACUUCCUGAUGGAGACCUUCCCUAUUGAUUGCUGUCCAGCGUUGAGGACUCUUUCCUCAUUUUAGGUUUCUGUCUGUCAAAUUUUCUUCUGUAGAAUCAAGAAAAUCACCUUCGUCAUUGAGCUAUAUGCAGUAUGCCCUUUUUGUUGUGUAGUAAUGAAGACAAAUUUGAUCAAAUGGAUAGAUCGACAUGGGUCGAAUGUAAAGCUGGGAUAGAGGAUCGGUGAUAUUCCCGAAUGAGAUGAAAUUCUUUCAUUUUGGUGGAGUCGGUGGAGGAUUUACUUUCUGACAGCGCAAGAAAAUUGGAGAAAAAAUAUAGCGCACCCCAUGUCCAUGAUGGGGCGGUGUCCUAGGUUUGGAAAUUCGUCCCAAUUCCGAUAUUGCGUUUCUGAUUAUACUUGCAAAAAGCUAUAUGCCGAUGGAUGA